UCUCCGCCAUUGUGGUCUUCUGCGGUUUGCAAAAGUUUUCCAAAUUUGGAAAAGUAAACGUAACGUUACGUCUUUAGUUAGUUAGAAAUCAUCGUGUAAAUUAUUUAGUCAGACACAGUUGAUAUAUAAAUCUCUCUGAGUCUGUUGGUAUUUUGUAGGGUUAACAAUCGUCGCCUUCAGUCGGUAGGGUGUGGUUCAGAAACGAACAACGAAUAUUAAAAACAAUAAGUUAGAAGUUAGGUUUUGUUGAAAUCUGCAACAUUAUGAAGUACACCUUCAAAUUAUUUCAGAUUGUUCUACUAAUAUGCGGAGUGUUUGUUGCUGAAGCAGAUGAAGUGAAGCCAGUGUCAGUGAUGGAGGGAGAAUCUGUCACUCUAAACACUGAUGUUACUGAAACACAGGGAAUAAUUCUGAUUCUGUGGAGGUUUGGAGAUAAAGGUUCCACUAUCGCUCAAAUUAAUAGAAAGGAUAUCUCAUAUCCCAAUCACACUGACAUAUUUAGAGGGAAACUGCAGCUGGAUCAGACUGGAUCUCUGACCAUCAAGAACAUGAGAACCAAACACUCUGGACUCUAUAAAGUACAGAUCGACCUCAAGUCUGGGUCCUCACGUAUGACUUUCAAUGUCACUGUCUCUGAGUCUCCAUCUGUUGUUCAUGCUGGUGAAGCUGAAAUGAAGACAGUGUCAGUGAUGGAGGGAAACUCUGUCAUUCUUCAGACUGAUGUUACUGAAACACACGGAGAUGAGCUGAUAGUGUGGAGGUUUGGAGAUGAAGGAAAACUCAUAGCUAAACAUUAUAUAGAGGCAAAGAGCCCACCAUUACAUGACACUGAUGAGAGAUUCAGAGACAGACUGCAGCUGGAUCAUCAGACUGGAUCUCUGACCAUCACAAACACCAGAACCACAGACUCUGGAUUUUAUACAGUGAAGAUCAGCAGCAACAAACAUACAUUAUACAAGAGAUUCAUUGUUACUGUCAGUGCACCAGGUCUGUCUUCAGGUGCUGUAGCAGGAAUAGUUGUUGUUCUGCUGCUGGUGUCUGCUGCUGCUGCUGCUGCUGGUGUGAUUUACCAUCGCCGACAGAUCUCUGAACUAGAAAGAAAGUUGAGGAACAUAUCAGAGAAAGAGGGAAAGAAUGUGAUCCUAAACCCUCAAACUGAAAUACAGAAAGAUGAUCUGAUACAGUGGAAGUUUGGAGAUAAAGGCAUUCUCAUCGCUGAAAACAGAGGAGGGACCGGAGAGACACAUGAUGAUGAUGUGAGAUUCAGAGGCAGACUGAAGCUGGAUGUGAAGACUGGAUCUCUGACCAUCACAGGCAUAAGAACUGAACACAUUGGAGUUUAUAAACUACAGAUCAUCAGCAGCAGAGGAACCACAAACAAGACCUUCAAAGUAGUUGUAUAUAGUGAGUAUAAUCUUUUGGUUUAA